GCAUUUACAGGAACGAAAGCGCAGUACAGCGCAUGGCAUGCGCGAGCGCAAGUCUAAAGAACAGAAGAAGAAAAGAAGAAAAUGCCCAAUAUCCACCCUGCUCCUCGCGCGGUCUUCCUUUCCGCAGUGUUCCCCAAUUCCUCACUCCUCCUCUUGAUCACCUUUUCCGGUUUUUCCUCACUGCCCCUCUCUGGUAAAUGUCUCUCCGUCCAUGUAUCGUCCCGCAUACUGUCCAGUACCACAAAUUCUCAGCAUCAGCCCGCCCGUCUCGUCAUCUCAAUAAAACGGUGCGCUCGGAUUGAAGCCCCCGUGGCCAAGGGUGCUGAACAAGACGACGAUCAUGCCGACGAAAGCCACGAGUUCGAAGACCGUAAGUGCGAUUGUGCCUGCACUCAUCGACAUGUUGCUUGUAGCGUGGUGGAGUGUGUUUGGUGGUGAGAUAAGCGAACGGGAGCCGGAAGAAUGGCGAAGAAGAGAGCGUGGGACUUUGGUCGAGGCAAGUAGCUUAUUUGGUGUCUCGUUUGACUUGUUGUUCAGUUUCUGCUGUUUGGUUUGCAAAAACCGCCCAGGACGAGGGAGUCCAGGGGUGGAUAAAGAGACGCAGGCGAGAAAGAGGCGCAGGUGUGAGAAAGAUUGUGCGGCUGACGCUUUUAUCGACACGCCCGCUUUGGGGUUUAGCGAUGCUGGUGGCUGCAGCUACCUCGCGUGUUGUAAUCUCGGACUCCGAGGCUUCGCGGAACAACUGGAUGGAUCCCACAAUUCUGGUCGGCCUGCCGCACCCACUUGGUCUGUUGCGCUGGCUGGGAAGGUGCACGCGUCCGUUGCAGUGUACGUAGUCGGGCCUAUCUAUGCGUGUUGUUUCUGCGCAGACGGAGCACGAAACAUUACGCACUUCCGCAGACACACUUAUGUAGAUACAUUGUCAUACACAUUGUUCCUCCCAAGCCCGAGCAAUGAGGACCCUGCGCCAAUUGAUUACCCAGCACGCCCGACGUUUCGCGCAGAUUAUUCGCUGUCGCGCUCCGAAACAGACACACCAAGACCACUGUGCGCCCAGGCCGCGGUCGAUUGGCUGCCGCACCACCGUGCCUCCGCCACCAACGUGCGGCUUGUCUGCGGCAGCCUGGCCGGAUGGAGUGCGCUGCGUCUUGGGAUCGAGUUGUCAGAUGAACACUGGGUUAGCGCGUGCGGUGGCGUGUGUGUGGUUCAAAGAAGGAUGAGUGGGGCAUGGCGAGCGGGUGUCGGCACAGUGAAGUACUUUUUCGGCCGCUGCAGAAGCGCUCGAGACUCAAGUGUGACUUUUGUGGUGUGUGCGUGGUGGAAAGAAUAA